AUGCCCCCCAAAGAAAUCAAGCCCGAAGAACCUGCGCCUGGCGCAUCCAAGCCUUUCAAGGCUCUCUCUGUCUUUUUCGAUGAAGACGGCAAACCUCUAAACUCUGACGAAGCUUCUGGUCGCCCUAUCCUUCGCAUUGCCAAGGAGGGCACAAUCAUCCUCGGUCCCAAUCCUCCUGCCAUCGAUUUCACUACUCAUAUUCGUGUAGACGACGGCAAACGAACCUCCUACCAAGUCCCUCCCCACAUGCUGUCCGGCCAUACCCCUACGGCGCCAGCGUCAGAUGGUCAGACCUCUAGUCAGAGUGUUGGGUUUGACGACCCCCGAGUCAUCUUGGAGACAAUCCAUCGCCACCAGGCCGAGCUCCAGUGUGCCCAGGUUGAUCCUCCCAAGCUCCCUAUGUUGUCAUCCCUUUGCACGUCCAACCUUGGCGUCGUCCGCCACCUACAUGACCUCCAGAAAUACUUCAUCAAAUACGACUCUCGUUUCCCCGACAGCACCCCGUCUGGUCCCCAGUGGUGGGUUGGUCAAGCAAACAGGGCCAUCGCCAAGGUCGACGCCUACCAUUAUUGGUCCCUGGUGACUGGCACCACAUGUGUUUCUUGGGAGGGUUGGUGUGACGAGUUCAAGAAGAAGGCCCUUUCGCCCAACUGGGAGUCUGAAACCCGCCGAGUGUUUGAAGGGCUGCAGUGCCAAGGCUUCACUUUAGCGGCGUGGACGGCGUUCGAAGAAAAGGCUGGCGAAUGCCAGAUGGUCCUCAGCGAUUGCAUUGGGCCAUCACCGAAUCCGACAUGUGUCGAAAACUCUUGUUUGGCCUCCCCUCGCAUAUCCUUACCCAUGUUGAGGAUCGCCUUGAAGACCGAGGCCUUGAGGCUUGCCUCGUACCCUUCCUGA